AUGUCAGGAGCACGUCACUGGGAACAGGACAAGGAAGCGACAGUAUACGUGGGAAACCUAGACGAGCGCGUAACGGAUAGUCUAGUAUGGGAGUUGAUGCUCCAAGCGGGCCGCAUCGUCAACGUUCACCUCCCAAAAGAUCGCGUUACGCAGACACACCAGGGCUAUGGCUUCGUUGAAUUCAUCAGCGAAGAAGAUGCCGAAUAUGCGUCGCGGAUAAUGAACCAAGUACGGCUUUAUGGCAAGCCGAUUCGCGUCAACAAAGCAUCCGCCGAUAAGCAGAAGACGAUCGAAGUUGGUGCGGAGCUCUUUGUGGGGAAUUUGGAUCCUAUGGUUACCGAACAGGUGCUGUAUGAUACGUUUAGCAGAUUUGGAUCAUUGAUAUCGAUGCCGAAGGUUGCUCGAGAUGAUGCCAAUCUCUCCAAGGGUUAUGGUUUCGUUUCGUUCGCCAAUUUUGAGGCGUCUGACGAUGCUAUCGCUAAUAUGAAUGGACAAUACCUUAUGAACAAAGAAAUAUCUGUCCAGUACGCUUACAAGAAGGAUGGAAAGGGAGAACGACAUGGUGAUCAAGCGGAACGAAUGCUAGCCGCUCAAGCUCGAAAGCACAAUGUCCAGCCGCAAACACAGGUAGUACCGCCCCAGCUAGCGGGUGGCGCCGUGCCACCGUUGCCUCAUACACCCGUUAUGAAUGGAGAUGUUAGCCGACCUAUCAGCACCGGUCCGCCAGACUUUGGAGCUGGAAGGGGUGCUCCCAUGCCGAACGGACCGUACGCAAAUAUGCCACCUCAACCCCCUCAUCGACCUGCUCCUUCCCUUCAACCUCUUGGUGGGCCGUUGAAUGCGCCGCCUGCUGGAUUACCCGCUCGGCCUCCGCCAUCUCAGGCUGGCUUUGGUGGCCCGCCUCCAGGAUUUGCGCCUCCUCCAAAGUUUGGCCAGCCUGCGCCACCUCCUGGUUUUGGUGCACCACCACCGGUCGGCGGGCAUGGCCCUCCCCCGGGACAGUUGCCGCCAGGGUUCCAACAAGCGGGAUAUGGAAGGGGUCGAUGA